AUGCCAAUACUUCUUUCCUCCUCCAAACUGCUUGAGGAUGAUGACGGAAUUGCAGAGCCCGUGGAUAAUCUCAUUCGGGUUAAUCAUGACUUUGCAAAAAAAUUUGAAGAACGCAAACGACGAGAAGAACUUCAGCAGCUUUCUGCCAAAUACGAGAAAAAUCCUUCUCAUUAUCAAAGCGAUAGUGAUGAUGAAUCUGACUCUUCUUCUUCCUCCGAAGAAGAGGUGGACCUGAUGGCAGAUCUUUCUAGCGAUAUCAAUUUGGUGCGGACAAUUGCUAAAAUUCGGGCAAAGGAUCGCUCCAUAUAUGACUCUGGAUCAAAGUUUUUUCCGGAGGACAAUCUUGAAGAGAAGGAAAAGGGUGUAAAGGAUGACCCACUGACGCUGAAAAAAUAUUCGCACAAAAUGCUGCUUUCCGGAGCAUAUCUCAAGGGCGACUCUGAAGAUGAAGAUCCCAAGCCAAAAAGCUACAACGAAGAGCAGGAAGAGUUACGCUCCGCGCUUAUCAAAGCUGCAUCGGUUUCUGAACAAGAUGAGGAAAUUGAGUUGUUUUCAACCAGCGCAGCCCAACCCUCCAUAGAUGACAGCAAAUAUGCCGCCUCUUUCAUUGAAGCAAUCUCUAAAGCUACCAUGGGGGCUUGGCUAAACCAGCAACCUAGCAAAAAGGCUAAAAAAAAGGACGCUAAACCGAUUCCAGAUGUUGUGGAAGAUGAGGCCGCAGUAGAUGCGUUUCUUGCUUCUUACAUAAUGAAUCGCGGGUGGACACAUGGAGGAGCCGCAAAAAAGCAACAGCAUAAACUUGAAAAUGAGUCGGAUUCUGAAGAGAUAGAAAGGGCAGACGAAUUUGAGGUCUCUUUCAACAGACGUUUUGAAGAUGACUUUGGAGGGGUUUCCAAUCUUUCUCAGGUUGUCGGUCACUCCAGAGAUCAUUCCAGCUCCAUUAGAGUAGAGGAAAACAUGAGGAAAGCUUCUCGAAAAGCAAAGCACGAGAGACAUUUAGCGAGAGAGCGAGUUGAGACCGAAGAGCUAAAGCGACUGAAAGUCCUCAAACGAGGUCAAAUUGAAGCGCUAGCAAAGAAAGUUGCUCUUCUUUCAGGAGAUUCUGCAGCAGCAGAACGGGUCGCCAGUAUUAUGAAAGACGAGGCAAACGAUGCCUCGUCUUUUGAUGAAGCCGAGCACGAUGCCAAGAUGGCGGCACUUUUUGACGAUGAUUACUACGCUGCAGAAGAUCCUUUGGACUCUGAGCUAUUCCUCGAGUCCCCUCUGAAAAAAAAGAAGGACAAAAAAGCACCCGAAAAGAAAAAAAGCAAGUCCGAGAACAAGAAAGAUGGCAACGAUCCAGAAAAAAACAUCGCCGGCGGUCUUGCUACGCGGUUUAAGUAUAAACCGGUGGUUCCCACCACUUAUGGCCUCAAAAUGGAAGACAUUGUAUUUAACGAAGAUAAAGCAUUGAACAGAUACGUCUCGUUAAAGAAGCUGCGUCCAUACCAUGACGAAGAAGAGCAGAGCAAAGACGCCGAAAAAUACUCCCGGCCCAAAGUUUACAAGCGGUUUUACUUUAGCACCGCCAAGACCUCCCAAAAAUAA